AUGGUUGCGUCCCCUCAACAGCGUGUUUUUCUUCCGAUCACAUAUUCAAACGGUCACCCAGAAGAUUAUAGCAGGAAAUACGCAACAUCAAAACGCAAAAUUACAACAACUACAAGAGUUUUUCCCAUCUGGUACACUUCCCCAGGGGACAACAUCAAUAAACGAGGUAACUUUAAUUCCAGCGAGAUCCCACGAUCCGUACAUUGUGGCGUUGGCAUCCGAGGCCAACCGCAUCGCAAAACAUAUGUGGAUUCGAACAACAUGGGAACAGAGGGGUUCAAUAGUGCGCAGCUUCAUAGAGUUCACAACAAAAAACAAUUCAAAGGUAUAGGAAGAAAAUAUUCCACUUUUUAUCGUAAGUUUACAACUGGCAAAAAGCAGCGCGAUUCAAUAUACGCGCACACUGACCACCAUGCUGGCAUCGCCCAGAACACCUACUCAAAUGUUUUUAAUGGGUUUACAAAAAAAAAAGAACCGCAGCGCAGGACCCGUUAA